AUGCCUCUUUACCAAUCCCCUGAUGUGCACGCACCAGUGCUCUCCCAAUUCUCCCUCAAGGGAAAGAUUGUCGCCGUGACCGGUGGUGCUCGUGGAAUCGGUAUCGAAGUGGUCCGAGGCCUUGCAGAGGCUGGUGCCGACGUGGCUUUAAUCUAUACCACAAGUGCAGAAGCUCCCGAAGCAGCUGCCAGAAUAGCCGACGAAACCGGCGUUAGAGUACAGGCCUAUCAGUCAGACGUCACCUCGCGCGAUCAGAUUGCUGCUACCAUCAAUCAGAUCACAGAGGAAUUUGGUGACGGCCGACUCGACGUCGUUGUGGCGAACGCGGGUGUCUGCACUAAUUCGCCGUCUCUCGAGUAUACCGAAGAGAGCUGGGCUCGGGACAACCGAGUCAACUACGAUGGUGUUAUGUGGACUGCACAGGCCGCCGGAAAGAUAUUCAAGAAACAGGGCAAAGGUAACCUGGUGAUUACAGCAUCUGUGAGCUCCAUUCUGGUCAAUAUCCCCCAAACGCAGGUCGCGUACAAUGCUUCCAAGGCCGCAGCUGUGCACCUAGCAAAGAGCUUGGCCGUCGAGUGGACAGACUUUGCCCGAGUGAACUGUAUCUCGCCCGGAUUCAUAAUGACAAAGAUGUUGACCCAGCAGCCAAAAGAACUGUUCGACAAGUGGUUGAGCAUGAUCCCAGGAGGCCGAAUCUGCGAUCCCGCUGAGUUGAAGGGGGCCUAUGUGUUCCUUGCAAGUGACGCUUGCCCUUACAUGACGGGUUCCAACAUAGUUAUCGAUGGAGGCUACACCCUGCCUUAG